UGUACAUGGGGAAAGAUGUUUUUAACGAAUUAUUUUAUUUUUAGUUUGAAAGAUCUUUAUUUUUUUAAGGGAAAGUGUGAACGCACAACAGGAGAUUUAAGUGAUAAUGAGGUAUUUCAAGAUUGUAAACUGAAGUUAGCUAGAGCCCUGGGGAGUGAAUGCAGCACUACUACAGUAGUUCAUUCUGGAGAUCUACUGUACUGCAAAAACCAGAAACUUACUGUUUGUUGUUUUCACAACCACAACUGCUCAAGAAACUGGGAUUCUAUAAAUGAUGAUUAUGUGAAACUAGCAGUAGACUUUCUAACGGAUCAGAAGAAAUGGCUGGAAAAAGAAAAAACCAAAGGGUAUGAAUCUUGCCACCCUCUGGGCUCAAGUCUGGAUGCCAGUAAAUGUCAGAAAGACUGCCAAAGCCUCGCGAAUUCAGAAUUUGCACAGAACUGCAAAAAGGACGGUGGAUUCUUCAAAUGUUGCGUGAGACGAGAUGGAGCACAUUGCCAUGAAUGCAGGUUUUGCUGCACACUUCUCAUGUGUACAAUAAAAACAGAUGAAAAGUUGAAGACAAUAUUUUCUACGUAUGAAAAAGCUGGAAAUAAUGCUUCUGUUAUUAUCACAAAUACAACAGGAAUACAGAAUGCCAAGGAGGUUUUCUACCUCACUAAUCAUCAAUAUAAAUCCCCUGACUAUAGGUGCCUGAAUACUGAAAGCCACAGCGAUCCAACAGAGUGGGGAAGCUAUAAUCCCCAUCAGCUGGCAGAUGCAGCAAAUGAGGAAGAACUGAAAAAGGUUUUAACAAUUCCGUUUGACAAGAGAUUUCUAAAUUUUGAAGACCCAAAAAUUCUGAAAUUGAUGAUUGGAAAGAACCUGGAGAAACACUGGAAAGAGACAUAUGGAUUCGAUUUUGCAGCAGUUGCAGGGGACAAUAGUGGGUCGAUGUUAGACUGUUAUAAAGCAGAGUCUGGAAAAUAUGCUAAAAGUUGUAAGAAGAAGGGUGGCCUAUUCAAGUGCUGUGCUAACACAUGGGACCUAGAUGUGUUCACUGAAGCAAGGCAAAUUCUAAAAGAAAAGAAGUUAAUCAGUUCUGAUGCAAAGAAUCUGUGUCAAGACCCAGAAAAAUGCAGAAUUAACACAAAUGCUCACUUGUGCUCCAUAAACGUAGGUGUUUAACUCAAAAGAGAUUGUU